GACAGGCUUAGUCAGAAUUGAGAACCUAGGUCACAGAUCAAUUUUCACGUUCCAUGGAUUACAUUCAAGAUGGAAACGGUGUCGGGUCUGACAUUUUACAAUGUUUUCGGCAUUCAUUUCCGUACGGAAAAGCCGUUCAUUUGCUGCCCUACGCGCAUACACGAUAUGCAGACAGGCAAAUAAGUGUUUAGUCAACCACUAAUUGUGCAAUGUCUCCCACUUGAAAAUAUUAGAGAGGCCUAUAAUUGUCAACAUGGUUAAACCUCAACAAUGGACCAAGUCGGACAUCCGGGGAUUUAUGACAUCACCAGCCAAAAGAUAGCGUCGCCAUAUUGAAAAGGGGCCAAAAGACGAGUGCUCUGUAGUGCAUUCUAACACAAACACAUACCUGUUAAGUUUCACGAUUUGGUCGGGAGACUCCCGAUUUUGACCCCAAUGCUCACGCCUCACGAUUAGAAAGCCAAAUCUCCCGAUUUUCCAAAAAUGUCAUUUUUUUUUUUUUUUUUUUUACGUUUUUGUUUGUCACCGUUUUGUAACGAUACCAUUCGGCCCGAUUCGGAAAAUGACCAACAACGAAUAGCCUGGCCGUCUCCGACUUCCCUGCCCUCCCUCCCCUUCAGAGCUGGAAAAGCCCAAGAUGCUGGCACUAAUAAACCGGCUUUUAGACUGGUUCAAGUCUUUAUUUUGGAAGGAAGAGAUGGAGCUGACCCUGGUCGGCCUCCAGUAUUCGGGAAAAACGACGUUCGUCAACGUAAUUGCCUCUGACGAAACCCUAAUUGGAGUGAUGGUUGAUGAGAUGAAGAGGCUGCUGAGGAAGCUGAUGUCCAAAUUUGUGCAAAUGGAUGUGAUCAGGAAAGCUGAGGAUAUCCUAGAUGUUGAUUACAGGAACAAGGAGAACUGGCAUGACACAGGCAACAUAGCAGUAUCACAUGAUACCAGACAAUACAUGGAGCAAGUUGAAGACUAUCUCUGAUGCCAUCAAAAAGAGGUUCUUUGACAGUGUAGUUAAUUUUUACACAAGUGUUGUGACCAAAAUGAACUUGAAAAAAAAUGGUUGCAUUUUGUCUUAGCGAUUGUCGCGCGCGUGCGUCAUCGGGGUUGGCAAACAGAAAUCUCCCUAUUUGCAAUUUCUACAACUUAACAGGUAUGCAAACAUGCUGGACUUUCUUCUUUUUUGCGGUCUUUUUUGUCUGUCAGAAUGGGAAGAAGUUGCUGUGUUGCGGGUUGUCACACAAGGAAGAGUUCGGAGCCGGAAUUUAAAGUUCUUUAUUCUUCCUCGCGAGAAGAAAAGGAGGACUAAAUGGUUGAAAGCUGUAACAAUAGGAUCUAUUGUUAUUUGGUUUGAUGUUUCCCAAGGGACGUGAAUAAGUGACGGACGUUGUGUUACUGUUGUUGUGGCCCGAGUGCCGGUGGAAAAGCAAUAAAAGCUGACUCAAGUGAGUUCAGGAAAUAAAUUCUGUGCUUUAUGAAUAGAGAAAAGACGGAAUUUAACAAAAGCCAUUAAUCGAGGAACAGUAAGAGAAGAUGGUUCCGUGGACCAUUCUUGCCUGUGGGCCGUGGCAACCUAAAUCCAGGCACGUUUACGUUUGCAGCCUGCAUUUUAUUACUGGUGAUAAGGUCAACAUGUGGAGCCACCCAGAUUAUGUACCCUCCAUCUUCCAAAAGAAAGAAGAUAAAUCCAGUACUGGCUCUUUGUGUAAGGUGGCACGAUUUGAGAGAGCAUCACGGAGAUCUCAAACUGUUCCUGGCGGAUGUCAGCCCUUGAUGCGCCACCAAAGAGCAUCAUUCAAAGCCUGCCCAUCUACCACUUUGAAUGAAACGGAAUCGCCUCCCAGUGUCGCUCCUCAAGAUCAAACGGAUUCAUCACCUGCCAGAGUUGCCAUGAAUCUUGAAAAUUCUCUUGAUUGUACUAGUAAGUCUGUGUCUCAGGAGUGUGCAAGUGGCACUGUGAGCCAAGAAAGCGAGAAGAUUGUAGAAACAACAAAUGACAGUUUUGAUCAAGAAAAGGAGAUGGUAGCUGAUGUGCCAAUGUCGACCACUGAGCGAGCCCAGUUGUAUGAGGAAGUCCAGAAUUUGCGAACAGAACGGGACAAUGCUCUUCAGCGAGUUGCUUACCUUGAAAAACUCCUGAAAGAAACAAAUAAGUGUUCAGAGUCUGUGGAAGGAAAUGAUGAAAAAUGCCAAAUGAUGACAGGAAUCCACAAUUGUUGACUGCUUUGAGAUCUUCAUUGAAUCGCCAAAGAACCUGCUAGCCAGAGCUCAGUGCUACAGUAGCUACAAAAAACACUGCACUGUUAAAGUAUUUGUUGCUUGCAACCCAUUAGGAGCUGUCACAUUUUUGUCUAGUUGUUGGGGUGGGAGGGCUUCUGAUGUGCAGAUAGUUCGCGAGUCUGGCUUUAUUGAUUCCAAGUAUCACAUGCCUGGUGACCAAAUAUAGGGGGGGAUGGUAAUUGGCGCAAAAACAGAAAUUUUAGAAUAUGCAAACCACCACUUACACAGCAAAACUACAUCAAAAAUGGGACAGAAUCACACCAAAGAAUGGGUUCUACUAUUAAAAAAAACUUCUGCACCCUGCAACUGAAGUUUAUGCUGCAUAUACCACAAUAAUGCUUAUGUCCACACUCAAUACAAUGAUGUCAACCAGGGUUUCGGAGUUAUGAUGGUGGUGCUGGCCCCAAAGUACAGUGCCAAGCCCUGGAACAAGAACAAGGAGUUCAUGAUGUUCUUGGAGGAGAGGGGCGCCAAGGCUGUCCUAUUCAGCUACAAAGACAGCAGGUUCGGCUGCCUCUCCAGGGCUGCUGCAGUGCUGCUUUACCACUGGCCCCACCUGUGCGAGUUUCUCGCCCUAAACCCCAGCAUCAACAACCGCCUUGCCUGUCUGGUGAGAGAGGUGAUGGGACUCACCUACCUGAAGCCAGUGCUAGCAGUGUUCGCCUGCCUCGGUGUACACCUGGUGGAACCGUUCUUCGCCCACACCAUCAGCCCCAGGGCCACCCACAGCAAACUCAAGCUCUUCUACACCAGCCUGUACAGAAGUAUGGACGUCAAGGAGGUGCCUGAAGACUUCUACACCUUCAACAAGCCGGUGUUUGAUGGGGUGGAGGAUGAUCUGUUGGAGGGCGUGAAGCUAAGCUACAAAGAGGAGGUUCUGGAGGCCGUCACGAAGGUGGCCAGGGAGCAUGUGGAGGAAGUGACGAAGCUGGCCAGUGUGAUGCUGCCGCACAUGAGAACUGUGCUGGCCAGGCAGCGGCGGGACUACAGCAUCGAUGAUGAGCGGUUCCCCGCUCAGUACCCAGUGGAGGAGCAAGCUGCGAACGUCGACGAAACCCCUGUGACAAACCUUGCGGCAGAGAGGGCUUGUGGUAAAGUCGACUACAGGCUUCACAAAACCCGCAGCCUCCAGGCUGUCAGCAGGCAGAUGAUUCUGCAAAGGUGCAAGGAGCUGAGGGAAGACCAAACCCCCAGCUUUAGGGGCUAUAGGGAAGCGGCCAUGGCAAAGAGGGAGCUGGAGCUCACCUGGACGAGCUCCAUGAAGGAGAGGAUGCAGAAGGGGUCUGAUGAGAGGAGGGAGGCUUCACUGCAACACGAAAGGAAGAAACUGGAGUCCCUGGAGAAGCUGAAGGAGAGCGGUGGGCACUUCACUUCGGCAGAGGAGGUGGACACCUUCCUGGCCGACAUGACCGCUAACAACAUGAAGGAGAAGCAGGAGAGGAUGAAGACAGAGAUGCAGUACGCGAGAGACACAAGCACGCUCCUUCCCAAGACAGAUCCACUCUUCAAGAUCAGAAAGACAGAUAUAAAUGGGAAACAGAGAGACAAGACAGCUCAGGAGUUUGGGGAGGCUCUCAAGGUCUUCUUGGGGAGGAAGGGGGAUAGGAAGGUGAUGGACUACAACACCUUUAAAGAAUGUCUCAGCAAGCUCGUGACAGGCUCCUAAAGCCGUUCUGUGAGACAUGCGCAGUCUGUUGUUGUGCCUGACUUGAAAUACAUCGGUUGCCAUGCUGUAAUAAUUCAUUGCCUAUACCUACCUAUGUGUGCAUAUGCAUGCCCAUGUUGCAAAAAUAUACAAUGUCAGGGUGCAGAAGUUUUUUUUAAUCGCAUGAUCAUUCCAAAGGUACCAAUCAUCAUUAUUUUAGGUGCGGAACACGUGAUUGAGUGGCAAUUUGCAUCGGUUGAAGUUGACAUUUAUCAUCCCCCCCUACCAAAUACUUGCUGACCGGGGGUUUACCCUUCAUGCAGAUUUUGCUACUCGUUGCAGCUGUGAACUUUUGACUCCAGCAUUUACGAAAGGUAAGAAACAGCUAUCCGCCAGGGAAGUAGAGAUAUCAAGGAACAUUUCCUCCGUGAGGAUACAAGUCGCACGUGUUAUUGACCUCACGAAAAAUAGAUUUAAUGUUCUGAAAGGUACACUGCCAAUUCGUUGUGUUCAGAAUGUGAAAGAUGAAGCGCUGGGCUGCACUUUAUCGAACUGCGAUAAGAUUGUGCGGGUGUGUGCCAUUUUGAGCAACAUGUGCCCCAGCAUUGUGUAUGAUAAACAUUAAGCUGAGAUCAUUUUUUUUCUUAAUAUUUUUAUUAGUUCCUUACUCAA